AUGGCUUCAUUACAAGGAGUACGAGCGAGAAAAUUCUCUAAAAAUGAUCUCAAAGCUGAUGUAAAUGGUGUACAAGAAAAGUAUUUGAAGUCUGUAGCACCUGUCGAAAAGCCCGCACCACCUGCGCCAGCCUGGAAACGCACGGCCGAGGAAUGGGAACGAGAUCGUAUAGAUUUGGCUAAACUGGAAUACGGCAAACAUGCAUUACGUCAUCGUGAAGUUCCGCCAUAUUUUGAAACGGCGAAGGGUCAAGCUUUUCUAAGUGCUUUAAAUCGCGGUCCUGAUAUGUUGAAGCUCAGUGCUGAACUCGACAAACAAGCUUGUCCAGUUUCUAGUUCGCUUCACACUGCAAUGAGUGCAUCAACAGAAAUUAUAGAUCAGAGGCAUCAAACUUCUCAUGAAAAUGUUCCGCAAUAUUCAAACUGGUCUAGGUCAGCGGUUUUAGAGAACCCAGAUCUUGAAAGAGGACAAUCGCCUGGGGAUGUCUCUCCAGUCGAAAGUAGUACACCUUUUGUCAGUCGUCCAGUGAAUCCUACUCCUGCACAAGCUGGUGGUGUACCUACCUCCCCGUCGACACGACCCACCAACCCCACCCCCCGUCAAGCAUCGACUGUCUUGAGCAAUGAAAGUGUUUUAGAUUCCCCCCGUACCAAACAAUCUAUAGUCCGAAGUUCGACUUUAGAAUCAUUGUUGGAAAUGCAACAUGAAGUAUUGAGUUCAGAUGUUACGUCAUCAAAGACAUCUUGUGAUAAUCAUGACAAUUUACCCAACGUUAUCAUGGGUGGAAAACCUGGUGCUCUACCAAACUCUCAGUUUUUAAAGAUAGAGGAUCCUGUCCGACGUAAAGUUCAAACUGCUUCUGUUAUUGGAAAGAACAACACAAGAGGUUUUGAACUUUCUCCCCCCGAAGUGGACAUGGGGGUACUUAAAGAAGGUCACACGUAUGUACAUUCGGUGAUAUUAAGGAACAUUGGUAUUGAUAGCUGUAGAUUCAAAGUACGACAACCUCCUCCAUCCACUGGUAUCAAAGUUUUGUUUAAUCAUGGUCCUAUUGCAGCAGGAAUGACGAAAAGACUAGACAUUGAAAUGUUUGCUGUAGCUAAAGAAAGAGGAGAUGGAUCUGUUGGUCAUCACAUUGAGAUAAUUGCGAAAAUGAAUUUUUUAUCUUCCUGUGUCGGCCAGUAUCCUUUAAUUUUAUGA